GUAUAAUUAGCAAAACUAUAAAAUGAGAGUAAAAUUUGGCACAGUAUCAGUCGUUCGUCGAGAAAAAUUAUAUUAACGUCAAAAUCUCUUUUAUUCAAUAAUGAAGUCGUUCAUCAUUCUCUCAGCGUUAGCAGCAGUCACAUUAUGUGCUCCAGUUGAUCCGGAGACAGAUGUGGAACUAGCUCAGCUUAUAGCUAGAAGAAGACUGCCCGCACUGGAACACGAAGAGAUCCACGAUGAAUUCGGUCAGUACGCCUUACGCUACGUCACAGCUGAAGGCACUGUAGUCUCAGAACGGGGAAGACUGGUCCCCACCGCGGAUGGAAAGGAUUACGUCUUAGUUAUUGAAGGAGAAGUUUCCUUUAUCGGAGACGAUGGCCAGCUCUACGUCACUAAGUUUUCAGCUGGCAUCGAUGGCGUCAAAAUGGAGGGUGCUCAUCUUCCUAAGGCCCCUGAACCAGAACCAAUUGCAUAAAAAUUACUCUGAUGGUUGUGUUAGUGGCGCCGCAAAACUUCCUCCACUCUUCCCUAUCUUCGGAUAAAGUUUAUAGUAACGAAAUAUAAC